GCGGUCGUCAGAGCUGUCAUGGCGGCGGUAAAGAAGGAUCUUCCUUGAAGAGUUAAGCUGUAAACGUCUCAUUUAUUUUAACAUUUUUUUAGCCCGACGCACAGUUCGUGUUCCCGGGAAGAGCUGCUGUUUGAGGGCGUCAGCAUGGCGCUCACACGCUGCUGAGAGGACCACAGGAUUCGGAUAGAGUGAAGAAGAAGCGUCGGCCUGACUCAUCCUCACAGGAGGGCGAGCGGUUUGCUGCACCCAGCACGAAAAAAUUAGGUCUUAAUAUCAGUUUGGAUCCUCCUCACUGCUUCCAGCUCUGCAAACCGAAGAUCAUCGCGGCGGCCAUGUCUCGAGGCGAGCCGACGUCAGACUCUGCGCCGUUCUUCUCCUCCGACAGCGAGGCGGAGGGUCCGGAGGAUCAGGGUCAGCGGCCGGAUGAGGAGUCGGCCAGCGGGGUGUCCCGAGUCCGGGCGUUGCUGACCGUCUUCAUCCUCUUCUACAUCAACCUGCUCAACUACAUGGACAGGUUCACCGUGGCAGGUGUUCUCCCGGACAUAGAGCACUAUUUUGGGAUUAAUGAUGGAAAUUCUGGCUUACUUCAGACAGUUUUUAUCUGCAGCUACAUGUUCCUGGCUCCUGUGUUUGGCUACCUGGGCGACCGGUACAACAGGAAGUACAUCAUGAGCGGCGGCAUAACAUUCUGGUCUCUGGUGACACUCGCCAGCUCCUACACCCCCAAAGAGCACUUCUGGGCGCUGCUGUUGACCCGCGGCCUGGUCGGAGUCGGCGAGGCCAGCUACUCCACCAUCGCUCCGACCAUCAUCGCCGACCUCUACGUGAAGGGGAAGAGGACCAACAUGCUGUCCAUCUUCUAUUUUGCCAUCCCUGUGGGCAGCGGCCUCGGAUACAUCGUCGGCUCACAGGUCGGCAGCGCGGCGAAGGACUGGCACUGGGCCCUGCGGGUGACUCCGGGUUUGGGGCUGAUCGCCGUGCUGCUGCUGCUGUUUGUGGUGAAGGAGCCUAACAGAGGAGCCAUCGAGUCGCGACCCGAGAAUCACCUGCACCACACCAGCUGGAUCGCCGACCUGCGCGCCCUCACCAGGAACUGCAGCUUCAUGCUGUCCACGUUCGGCUUCACGGCGGUGGCGUUUGUGACGGGCUCGCUGGCUCUCUGGGCGCCGACGUUCCUCUUGAGAGCGGCCGUCUUCAACGGGGAGAAAUCUCCCUGCAACGAGGCUCACUGUGAAUCCUCAGACAGUCUGAUUUUCGGGGCCAUCACCUGCAUCACCGGCGUGCUGGGCGUGGCCAGCGGCGUGCAGGUGAGCCGGCAGCUGAGGAAGAAGACGCCCCGAGCUGACCCGCUGGUCUGCGCUGCCGGGCUCCUCCUCUCAGCUCCGUUCCUCUACCUCGCCAUCAUGUUCGCUCAGGCGAGCACCAUCGCCACAUACGUCUUCAUUUUCUUCGGGGAGACGUUCCUGUCCAUGAACUGGGCCAUCGUGGCUGAUAUUCUUCUGUACGUCGUCGUUCCCACUCGACGUUCCACGGCCGAGGCUCUGCAGAUCGUCCUCUCUCACCUGCUGGGAGACGCAGGAAGUCCGUACCUGAUAGGAGCGGUGUCCGACUCUCUGAGGAGGAACGACUCCUUCCUCUGGCAGUUUCGGUCUCUGCAGCUCUCUCUGCUCCUCUGCGCCUUUGUGGCCGUGGUGGGCGGGGCUUUCUUCCUCACCACCGCCCUGUUCAUCGAGAGGGACCGCGACCGGGCCGAGAACUACGUCCCCACAGACGAGCCCAUCGUGGUGCCGAAAAGCGGCCGCUCCACCCGGGUUCCGGUUUCCAGCGUCCUGAUCUGAGGACCGAAACCUGACGGAGGUUCUUCUUCACCUGCGGCUGAUUAUAUUUCACCUGUUCAGGACUGCAGACUCUGCC